GUUUUACUCCGUUGUCCCCAGAAAACCAGAUCUAGAACUUCUCUUUAAAUACACUAUUACGUCACACACAUCGCAGAUCGUCAGCGUCAUUCCACGAUCAGCCAGUGGGGGUUUCCAGAUACAGCUGUUAGUCCUACUGGAAUGUAGACAUCAAGGGGCAUCUUCCAAAGGGUCGCAGGGUGCACCAUCAUGCCCUUCGGCUCACGGAUUUGGUGAUGCUCAGCACGCACGACCUCAGAAUAGAAGGUGAAAGUGAUUUACCAUACAGCAGGACUCCUCCCGAAUUUGAAGAGUGGGAGUUUCGAAAAAAAAAAGUCGGAGGCUGAACAAAUAAACAAUAUCAGUGCUGCAUCAGAAUCCACAAUUAGAAGAAAAAAAAAAAAACCAACUAAAGACGAACAGAUUACAUCACACAGAGAUCCACAGACUGAAAACCACCAACUCCCACCAGGCGUAUAAAUCGAAAACCACGAUGACGUCAUUACCGUCUUCAUAAAGCACUCACUUUUACACGUGAUGCUCUACGAGUGAUCCUCCCCACUUUGUCACGUGAGACUGUUUCGCUGCUAAGUCCAGGGUCUAUCGGGACUCGACACGCUGGAGCACGGCAUCCCCGCCGAAUAUCUGGAAGGUUCCAGAGAGGAACCAGACUCCUCAACCUCCGUCAACGGUGGACAUCAGACCAUGACGCAGGACACAGCUGUCAACUCGCCUUCUGUCCAUGGGCGUGGUCACUCAGGCGGAGCUCAGCCCCCUCCCCGCAGCCCCCGACACCCACAGGUCCGCCUCCGGAGGUCCCGGAUGGACAGUAAUGACUCCGAGCACAGCAGCGGCUCCGGUGUGUCUCAGGACUCCGGCCACUUAAACCCCGCCCCUGCCAUUCAUCUCAUUCCUGGCUCCGCCCCUGCCUCCCGGGCCUCCUCGUUCCGAGAGGGGCAGCGACCUCCGACCUCCCGCCGCUCCCCGAGCAGAAAGAGUGGGGGCAGCGGGGGAGGAAGUAGCAACAGCAACAUCAGCAGCAGCAACAAUGCAGCAAACUCGUCCUCGUCUUCGUCUUCCAACAACAACAAACACCACGUCGCCAAAAACGCGUCGUCUGAUGAGACAAAUGGCGAAAGUCUCGGCCCUCGAAGGAGUUCCAUGCCGAACGUGACGGAAAAUUUCUUGACAGUCCCACACCCCGACGACGCUAAAGACAAUCGCCUCAGACGCGUUCGCUCCUUCAAGACCACCUCAAAAGGGGGCGUGGUGAACAGAGGCGACUCUUUCAAGAAGAAGAGCACGCACAGCCUCAUGUCCACCGGCAGCGCGGUGACCGACUUGAGACAACAACAACAACAGCAACAACUGCAACAGCAACAGCAGCAACAGCAGCUACAACAGCAGGAGCAGAGACAGCUUCUGGCGAACAUGGUGAAUAACAAUUUGUUCACCCCGGAAGCCCCUCCCGUCCCGACGUACUACCGGGUGAUUAUGAUGGGCGCUGCUGGGACGGGCAAGUCACAGAUGGCCAAACAGUUCAUGACGUCAGACUUUGUGGGCGGGACUGAGGACAGCUCAGAUGCCCACGAAAAUACGGUGACCGUGCUUCUGGACGGCGAGGAGUCAACCAUCGAGUUCAUUGACCCUUUGGACAGAAACGUGAUUGACGAAGGCCUGUGCCAGCUGCUGGACGCCUAUGUGGUCGUGUUCUCCAUCAACGACCACUCCUCUUUUGACCAAGCCCAGGAGCUGGUGCGCUACCUAAGAGUGGAAAUGGGAACUGACCGGGUCAUCGUACUGGUAGCCAACAAGAUUGACCUGGUGCGCAAGCGAAAGGUCACGGCAGACGAAGCUCGUCUGGUCGCUGAGACGUACGACUGUAAGUACACAGAGACGUCUGCCGCGCUCAACCACUACGUCGACGAACUUCUGGUGGGGAUCCUCACGCAGAUCCGACUGCACAUGCGCAUACCUUUCACAACCAUCUCAUUUCCGGGGAAGGAACAGCGGAACGAAGAUGGCGACCGGAAAGAGAAACCCAGAUCGCCGAUGAAAGGUCCUCGGGGAUUUUUCGCCAAGCUUUUCAGGCGGAGUGGUCGGAAGAAGCUGAAACCGUGCGAGAAUUUGUACACACUUUGAAGCACGUACGGCGCCAAAAUAACGCUCCUCUACGCGUCCGUCAGAAUCACGCUAGGCGUACAAAACUACGCUCUUCAGUCCCCACCGUUUAAACGGUUCCUGGAUCUAUGAAAAGUCUCAACAAGGUCCCGAAAGAGGGAUGUGGAAAUAUGCUAUUAAAGUGGUAAGUCGGCUUCGAAAGGACAGCUUGCGUGCCCAGCCGUUAUUCGACUUCGAAAUGCCUUCGAAAUAUCCCCUUCGACACGAGUUUGCAGAAUUCCGAAGUGAAAUGACUAUUGAUGGCGACUAAUCGGAUCGUGUGCACACCCCCUAAUAUGGAGGUAAUAAUCCUAUCACUUUGACACUAGCAGUAUAAAAUUAUGUGCUUGGCAUGCAUCACUCAGGAUGAUCCAGUUUUCUUCAGUUAGCAAUUUGCCCCACCCUACACCCUUUUCUCAAAUCAAUUUGAAAUUGUACACACACACACACACACACACACACACACACACACACACACAC